UUUAGACUCUGAGUAUGGAGGCUUGGGUAGUCUCAUGGGCAACAGAUGGCUCUGUAUGGUUAUGUAAGGACCCCCAUCUGUACCGUGAGCCUUAAAUGGUUUGUGUGUGAGAGAGAAGGAGAGGGUGAGCGAGUGUAAGUGUCCUGCACUAAAGCAGCACACUUCAUCUGAGCUGAGAGUGAGUGUUACACAAACAAACAGGCUAGCUGAAGUUUUCACAGAUCAAAGGGACAGUUGGUCCUGGACUGUCAGGACCCGGGGACAUUCACUAACAGCUGCAUCAGAUCCUGACAGAGUGUGUGUCUUUCUCUAAAUGCCACUUUUCUCAUCUCUUCCUCAGACAGGCCACAAUAUCACCCCCCUUUAUCCCUGUUUAUUCCCGUUUUCCCUGCUGCUGCAGCCACAUAUGCCGCAGUGAGAAGCAAGUGACAUGGAUGGGUUUUACGAUCAGCAGGUCCCUUUAAUUGUGCCCCCCAGAAAGUCUCACAUGCAGGAACCGUCUUGCAGACCAUUCAAUGACAGAAAAAGGAAGUUUGUUGACACUGAGUUGGCACAGGAUACAGAGGAGCUCUUUCAAGAUCUGAGCCAGCUACAAGAGAUUUGGAUAGCAGAAGCCCAGGUACCUGAUGACGAACAGUUUGUUCCAGAUUUCCAGUCGGUUAACUUGAUGUUCCAUGGACUCCCUCAAACUAAAGUAAAGCGGGAACCAAGCCCAAGCCGAGAGUUUUCCCCGUGUGGACAAGAGCAGCGACUGUCUCCAUAUGGAGAAAAGUGCCUAUAUAGCUACAGUGCCUUCGACAGGAAGCCAUUUACUUUUAACAAGCCACUCACUCCUCCUUCUACACCGGCAUCACCCUUUGGCUCCUCCACCAGCGCAGCAACACACCCUGUGCAAAAAAGAGUGAUGCCACCAGUCCAAACUCCGACACAAGGACCGCCACUAUUGUCUGGUCCCAACCACAGCUCCACACCACCACAUCAGAGAGCACAGACUCCACUCCACAGUCAGAGUCCACCUUUUGCUGUGCCCUGCUCUCCUAUCAAUCACCCAGAUGCCUCCUACAGCACAGACCACAGGUUCCAUCGGCAGCUUUCCGAGCCCUGUCUCCCAUUCCCUCAGUCCGAUGGCCGCUGUCAGACACCUUACCCCCCGCAGGCCCGUGGUCAUUUUCCCCGACACAGCCGCCCCCCAUAUCAGCGCCAGAUGUCAGAGCCGUUGGUGCCAAUGCCUCCCCAGGGAUUCAAAAAGGAAAUGGUGGAUCCCUGUUACAAUGAACAGGGUGUGCAAAAUAUGGGACCUCCCCGUGCACCGUUGUUCCACCAAAUGUCAAUCAAACAGGAGCCCAGAGACUUCGGCUUUGACUCAGAAGUACAGAACUGCCAGUCAUCUUUUGGCAAAUCAGCAAACUUCUAUGGUGCCAACAGUGAGGGUUUUGGGUAUGAUGGAGAAUCCCACAUGUAUUAUGACGAUGCAUGUGUAGUGCCAGACCGCCUGGAGGGAAAGCUAAAGCAGGAGGGUGGAGUUUUCCGGGAGGGUCCUCCGUAUCAACGAAGGGGGUCUCUGCAACUCUGGCAGUUCCUGGUCACUCUGCUGGACGACCCAUCCAACAGCCACUUCAUUGCUUGGACUGGCCGUGGGCUGGAGUUUAAACUCAUUGAACCAGAGGAGGUUGCUCGUCGUUGGGGCAUCCAGAAGAACAGGCCUGCAAUGAAUUAUGACAAACUGAGCCGCUCGCUGCGCUACUACUAUGAGAAGGGCAUCAUGCAGAAGGUUGCUGGAGAGCGAUACGUGUAUAAGUUUGUGUGUGAUCCCGAUGCGCUCUUCUCCAUGGCAUUCCCUGAUAACCAGAGGCCCAGUCUGAAAGCAGACCCCGAUGGGCUGCAGGUUCCCGAGGACGACACUGUUCCGCUCUCACAUUUUGAUGAGACUAACGGUGUCCCGUAUCCAGGAGAUGUCAGGGACCAGUGCUUAGUGGGACCGUCCUUUCCUGAAAAUUAUGCUUUCUGAACUGCUUCACCACCAAUGAGUGGACCAGAAAAACUCUAAAAUGAAUCCUCGCACUCAAGUGCAGCUCAUGUCAAAUUGUAAUCGCUCCAAUGAGGAAUCUGUAGCGCCUGCUGACAAGUCUCUAGACUUUCUUGCCACACUUUUAUUGUUUGUUUGUUACUACACAGAUUCCAUGAUGGAUUUUUUUAUUUUUAUUUACAAACAAAAAACUUAAAGGGACACAACAGUAUUUUUCAGUAUAACCUUUGAUUUUAUAUAUAUAUAUAUAUAUAUAAAUAAAUAAGUGUAUAUUUUAAAAUAUGGCUUUUGUGCACUGCUUUUGUGUAUCGGGCCUGGUGUCUUUUUUCAAUGCUCUGCUUUAGUGAGAUUUGUAACAACUUCUGACAAUUCAUAAUCAUGCACCUCAGGCUGUGUUGUCAUUAUCAGAGUGUAUAUAGCUUUGAUUAUAAUCAAAGCUGGCCAAGUAAAAUGCUUUAUAACUGUUCAGAAAUAGUCAAUUCAAUUGCUUUUGUAAUGUGAUUUUUAUGGAUAUGGGGCGAAUGGGCAAAAAGAGGGUAGGGGAAUUGAAAAGUGAAAUCUAUGUAUAUUAUGAGUAUAUUUUUGCAAAAGCUGAAUUGAAGUG